CGGGGCGACAAAGAGAAAGAGAAAGGAAGGGGCGGAGUAUAAAAGGACCCGCCGCGAGCCGCUCAGCUACAUCAGUCCCGCAGGGCAGCAGUGAUCCGUACGCCAACCACCCAGCCAGCAACCACAAACCAUGAAGGCCGCUCUCGUGAUCCUUUUCGCCGUCGCCGUGUGCGCCCAGGCUGUUGAGAACAAGGAGGCGACGGCAGAAAAGAAGCAAGAGAAGAGGGGACUGCUUGGUCUGGGAUACGGUGGCUACGCAGCUGCUCCGGCCUACGCAUACGGCGCUCACUCGAUUGGCUACGCCGCCCCUGCCGUCAGCUACGCCGCCCCCUCAGUGAGCUACGCUGCCCCCUCCGUCAGCUACGCCGCCCCCGCCGUCAGCUACGCAGCCGCCGCACCUGCCUACACCGCCUACACGGCCGCCGCCCCCGCAGUUAGCUAUGCCGCACCCGCCGUCAGCUACGCCGCCCCCGCCGUCUCCUAUGCGGCUCCAGCCAUCGCAAGAGUAGCCGCCGCCCCCGCUGUGUCCUACGCGGCUGCCCCCGCUGUGUCUUACCAUGCUGCUGCCCCCGCCAUCUCUUAUGCGGCACCUUCCUACUCUUACGCUAGUGGGGGCGUGAGUGAGGCGGCUGGCUCACCAUUCCGGUGGAACCAGUCGCUGCGGCCGCCAGCGUCUGGUAUAAAAGGACCCAGCUCGGCUCCAGACGGCACCAAUAGCUUUCAGCUGCAGAUACAGUCGCCGCAGUCCCACAACCACCAACCACCAAACACCAUGAAGGCCGCUCUGGUUCUGCUGUUCGUCGCCGCUGCCUGCGCCCAGGCUGUGGACAACAAGGAGGCCGCUCCUGAGAAGAAGCAGGAGAAGAGAGGCCUGCUGGGUCUGGGAUACGGCGCUGCUGUCGCCGCACCCGCUGCCGUGAGCUACGCUGCUCCUGCCAUCGCUGCUGCCCCCGCCAUCAGCUACGCCGCCCCCGCUAUCGCCGCCGCCCCUGCUAUCAGCUACGCCGCUCCCGCGAUCGCCGCCGCCCCCGCCGUCAGCUACGCCGCCCCUGCGAUCGCUGCUGCCCCCGCCAUCAGCUACGCCGCCCCCGCCGUGAGCUACGCCGCCCCUGCUCUGAGCUACGCUAGGUACGCCCCCGCUCUGAGCUACGCCGCUGCCCCCGCCAUCUCGUACGCCGCCCCCGCCAUCGCCAAAUACGCUCUCCACUAAGCGGCGACUGAAGAUGACCACCACUUCACUGGCAGAAAGCUACUACGUCCACGUGCACCACCACGACCAGAGGAAGCGCAUUACGUCAGUUUUCGCAGCAACUUCAUCAACACACUGUAGCGGCAGUGCAGCGAACACUCUAACCGUUCAGAAUGAAUAAAUAAAUAACUUAAACAAA